GGGGUCUAGUCUUCUGUGUCCCGUAUUGGCACAAGCUGGACCAGACUACAGCGGGUGCGCGUUGGACGUACAACGAGUACGUCUACUUCCAAUCAAAAGACACCGAUUUUUCUUUCUCGGAUCUCUCUAGAAAACGGACCUUGGCUUGAUCCGAUUCGUUUUGACCUGUAAUGGGAGUAUGCUCAGUGUGAUAUUACUGGCCGAUUAACACGGAUUCAAGCGACAUCUCUUGACUAACGCUUAUAGUUGUGAAAAAUAAGAUCUCCGGUUGAACAGUAUCAUCUGUCAAAAGGUGUCCAACUUCCCCCCGAUUGACAAUGUGUGGCUAUUACUAGCCGCGUAAUCGGAGAAAAAAAUUAGAGUCAAACUUUUCAGAAAGAGGGUCGUUUGUCGCUAUGAGAGCAGAGGGGUAAGGCUAGCUCCCUGGCUAGGCUAAGUAGCUAAGCUAAGUGGCUAGGCUAAGCCUCUGUCGCCCUUCCAGUCCACCACCACCAGAGGAGGGGCAGCCGGGCUUUGUAGCAUUGCAGAUCUGUCCUGUUACGAGGUGUUGAUGCAUUUUUGUUGCCGCAGGAAUGGAGAACCACAAAUACCACCAACUCAGAGGAUCCGUUGAACUGCACUAACGGCUCUUCUGUGUGUGUGUAUAUAUAGGUUUUUGUAUGUACUUGAGGAUAUUCUCUUCGGGUGUGGAUAAGAAGAAAACAACAGGAGCCCCCCCUGAAAGGAAAUAAGUAACAACCAACGUCAGGGCUCGGAUCAGGUCUGCCGGCCGGGGCACGGUCUGAGACAGAGGAAAACCUAGUGUAAAGUGUCUUUAUUUGUGGGGGAAGAAGUCUGCGGGAAAAUGAGAAAAUACCGCACGUCCCAUUACCCCAUGAGAUACUGUAAGGACACAUGUGAAAGAGCGAGGUCAUGAAUGAUCCGCAUUCAACUAGGUCCUAGCCGGUAUUAGCACAAGUUUUGAACACAUUCAAGGUGAUAUUACUGCAGAUCGACACACCGCUCCGGACACGCCGAGGAAGCGUUUGAUCGGCGUCCUUCUGUGAAGAUUUUUAUUCAAAAUCAGUUUCAAAACACAGUCGGAAUCAUGUCGGGAGAAGUACGUUUGAAGAAACUGGAAAAGCUGAUCCUGGACGGGCCAGCUCAGUCUAAUGGCCAAUGUCUUAGUGUGGAAACGCUAUUGGAUUUCUUCAUCUGUCUCUACGACGAAUGCAACAACUCCCCGCUCAGAAGAGAGAAGAACAUUUUGGAGUUUUUGGAAUGGGCGCGACCCUUCACCUCCAAGGUGAAGCAAAUGAGGCUGCACAAGGAGGACUUCGAGAUCCUCAAGGUGAUUGGACGAGGAGCCUUCGGAGAGGUUGCCGUGGUGAAGGUGAAGAAUGCAGACAAGGUGUUUGCCAUGAAGAUCCUCAACAAGUGGGAAAUGUUGAAAAGGGCUGAGACGGCGUGUUUUCGGGAGGAGCGGGACGUGCUGGUGAACGGGAACAGCCAGUGGAUCACCACCCUGCACUAUGCCUUCCAGGAUGACAACAACCUGUACCUGGUGAUGGACUACUACGUGGGCGGGGACCUGCUGACCCUGCUCAGUAAGUUUGAGGACCGGCUGCCGGAGGAAAUGGCCCGCUUCUACCUGGCGGAGAUGGUGCUGGCCAUCGACUCUGUGCACCAGCUGCACUACGUCCACAGGGAUAUCAAGCCUGACAACAUCCUGAUGGAUAUGAACGGACACAUCCGCCUGGCCGACUUUGGCUCCUGUCUCAAGCUGAUGGAGGAUGGAACGGUGCAGUCUUCGGUGGCGGUGGGGACCCCGGACUACAUCUCCCCAGAGAUCCUGCAGGCCAUGGAGGACGGCAAGGGGAAGUACGGCCCCGAGUGCGACUGGUGGUCCCUGGGGGUCUGCAUGUACGAGAUGCUGUACGGAGAGACCCCCUUCUACGCAGAGUCCCUGGUGGAGACCUACGGGAAGAUCAUGAACCACAAGGAGCGGUUUCAGUUCCCGCAGCAGGUAGCCGAUGUGUCGGAGGAAGCGAAGGACCUGAUUCGCCGGCUCAUCUGCAGUCGGGAGCACCGAUUGGGCCAGAAUGGCAUAGAAGACUUCCAGCAGCACCCAUUCUUCUCUGGCAUCGACUGGGACAACAUACGCAACUGUGAGGCCCCCUACAUCCCGGAGGUCAGCAGCCCCACAGACACGUCCAACUUCGACGUGGACGACGACUGUCUCAAAAACUCGGAGACCAUGCCCCCUCCCUCCCACACGGCGUUCUCGGGUCACCACCUUCCCUUCGUGGGCUUCACCUACACCAGUAAAUGCGUGCUGUCAGACAGGGGCAGCCUGCGGGACCUGGCGGGGCAGGCAGGCCGGGGCGGGCUGGACCAGGUGGAAGCCUGCCUGCAGGACAGCCUGGCCACCGAGGCCUACGAGAGGAGGAUCCGGCGGCUGGAGCAGGAGAAGCUGGAGCUCAGCCGCAAGCUGCAGGAGGCGACCCAGACGGUGCAGGAGCUGCAGCACCCGGGCUCGGAGCUGCCCCUGACCCCCAGCCGGGAGCUGGAGAUCAGGAGCCUGAAGAGUGAGAUCGACCUCCUCAAGAAGCAGAUCGCCGACUCGGGCCAGAUCGAGAAGCAGCUGGAGGAUGUGACCUCGGCCAGGAGGGACAUGGACGACUCGUCCAAACACACCAGGAACCUGGAGAAGCAGAUCCGGAGCCUGACCCAGGAGAAGGACGACCUGCACAAGGACAUGGUGGAGGCCAGUGAGAAGCUCAAGUCCCAGUCCAAGGACCUGAAGGAGGCUCACGGCCAGAGGAAGCUGGCCAUGCAGGAGUUCUCGGAGCUCAACGAGAGGCUCACGGACCUCAGGACGACCAAGCAGCGUCUGGUGCGGCAGCUGCGGGACAAGGAGGAGGAGAUGGAGAGCCACGCCCAGAAGGUGGAGGCCCUGCGGCUGGAGGUGCGCAAGGCGGACAGGGCUAAGAAGGAGCUGGAGAUGGUAGCGGAGGUGCAGACGGCCGAGGCCCAGAAGGAGAGGAAGCUGAGGGAGAGGAACGAGCAGUACAGCCGACAGCUGGAGGAGGAGCUGGAGGGAUUCAAGUCCAAGCAGGGCCUGUCCCCCACCACCAGCCCCGGGGACCCCACAGCGGCGGCCUCCUCCCAGGAGGGGGCGGUGCGCCCGCGGGCCGACCUGGAGCAGAAGGUGGGCCACUACGAGGAGGAGCUGGGCCGGCGGGAGACGCAGCACGCCUCGGAGCUCAAGGCGAUGCGCAAGGAGCUGCGCGACGGCGAGGGCCAGCACCUGGCGCUGCAGAAGGAGAUCCUCAUGCUGAAGGACAAGCUGGAGAAGACCCGCCGAGAGAGUGAAGACAGUUUGAGCCAAAGCGAGCGAGAGGAGUUUGAGACGGACUCCAAACAGAAGUAUGAGAGAGAGCGCGUUCUUCUCACAGAGGAGAACAAGAAGUUAGCCAGCGAGCUGGAUAAGCUGUCCGGUAUGUUUGAGAAGGUGAGCAGCGCCAGACGGCAGCUGGAGGAGGAGCUGAGGGAGCUGUCGGACAAGAAGGAGAGCGUAGCGCACUGGGAGGCCCAGAUCACUGAGAUCAUCCAGUGGGUGAGUGAUGAGAAGGAUGCGCGCGGCUACCUACAGGCGUUGGCCACCAAGAUGACGGAGGAGCUGGAGGGUCUGAGGAACACCAGCCUGGGGGCCCGUGCCACGGACAUGCCGUGGAAGAUGCGUCGCUUCGCCAAGCUGGACAUGUCGGCCCGUCUGGAGCUGCAGUCGGCCCUCGACGCUGAGAUCAGGGCCAAGCAGGGCAUCCAGGACGAGCUCAACAAAGUCAAGGCCUCUAACAUCUCCACCGAGUGUAAACUACAGGAGGUGGAGAACAGGAACCAGGACCUGCUGUCUGAGAUCGACCGGCUGAAGAAGGAGACGGAGGAGAUGAGGCUGCGCCGGGGAGUUAAACACCAAGAUUCCCAGAAUUCCUUCCUGGCGUUCCUUAACGCCCCCACCUCAGCGCUGGACCAGUUCGAUGACUCGUUCUCGUCCUCCUCUUCUUCUUUAGUAGAGUUUUGGGAAGACCGCUCGCCCUCCGUCGGCCCGAGUAGCAAAGGCAGACGUGUGGACUCUGUGGAUAACUUCACCCCCUCCAACACUCCAUCCCGGGAAGAUGACUCCAAAUCCCACCUCAAGUCUCGCUCCCGCUCCCCUUCCAUGGCCAGUGACCUGGAGCCCAUUGAGUUGAUAGACCACUCGCCUCGCUCCGGCCAGACGCCCACUCUACGGUCUGGGGGCUACGGAAGCAUCGGACGCUCCUCGCCCAAGCCCAAAGCCCACCAGUUUGUGGUGAAGUCCUUCAACACGCCCACCAAGUGCAACCAGUGCACCUCCCUGAUGGUGGGCCUGAAGCGCCAGGGCUGCACCUGCGAAGUGUGUAACUUCUCCUGCCACGUGACGUGUGCCGACAAGGCCCCGGCCGUAUGCCCGGUCCCCCAGGACCAGACCAAGGGGCCCCUGGGAAUCGACCCCCAGAGGGGCAUCGGCACCGCCUACGAGGGCCAUGUCAGGGUCCCCAAGCCCACAGGGGUGAAGAAGGGCUGGCAGAGAGCCAUGGCGGUGGUGUGUGACUUCAAGCUGUUCCUGUACGAGCUGGGGGAGGGCAAGGCGACCUUGCCCAGCGUGGUGGUCAGCCAGGUCAUCGACAUGAGAGACGAGGAGUUUUCCGUCAGCCCAGUGUUGGCCUCGGAUGUCAUCCACGCCAACCGCAAGGACAUCCCCUGCAUCUUCAGAGUGACGGCGUCGCAGCUGUCCCCCACGACCAGCCACAAGCCGUCCAUCCUGAUGCUGGCCGACAGCGACCAGGAGCGCAACAAGUGGGUGGGGCUUCUGAGCGAGCUGCACCGCAUCCUGAAGAAGAACAAGCUGAAGGAGCGCUUCGUCUACGCCCCCAAGGAGGCCUACGACUCAACCCUGCCGCUCAUCAAGACCACCCAGAGCGCCACCAUCAUCGAUCACGAGCGUGUUGCCCUUGGCAACGAGGAAGGCCUGUAUGUCAUCCAUGUUACCAAAGAUGAGAUCAUCCGUGUGGGCGACAACAAGAAGGUGCACCACAUCGACCUGAUUGGCCAGGAGCAGCUGCUGGCCGUCAUCUCGGGGCGCAACCGCCACGUGCGCCUCUUCCCCACGCAGGCGCUGGACGGCCGGGAGACGGACUCCUUCAAGCUGCCGGAGACCAAGGGCUGCCAGGCGCUGGUGUCGGGCCCCGUGCGCGGCGGCUCCGUCACCUGCCUCUGCGUGGCCAUGAAGAGGCAGGUCAUCUGCUACGAGGUGAACAAGAGCAAGUCUCGGCACCGCCGGGUGAGGGAUCUGCAGGCCCCGGGCCACGUCCAGUGGAUGGGUCUGCUCAACGAGCGCCUCUACGUGGGCUACCAGGCCGGCUUCACCCGCUACAGUGUCCAUGGCGACCACUCUCCGGUCAGCCUGCUGCACCCUGACGACCAGACGCUGGCCUUCAUCGCUCAGGACGGCCUGGACUCGCUGUGCGCCGUGGAGAUCUCCAGCAAGGAGCUGCUGCUGUGCUUCAGCGCCAUCGGCCUCUACGUCGACUCCCAGGGCCGCCGCUCCCGGCAGCAGGAGCUCAUGUGGCCCGCCACGCCCAACGCCGCCUGCUUCAACGCCCCCUACCUGUCUGUGUACAGCGAGAACGCCGUGGACGUGUUUGACGUCAACACAAUGGAGUGGAUACAGACCAUGCCUCUGAAGAAGGUGCGACCUCUGAACGUGGACGGCUCCCUGAACCUGCUGGGCUUGGAGACGGUCAGGCUCAUCUACUUCAGGAACAAGACGGCGGAGGGCGAUGAGCUGGUGGUCCCGGAGACGUCAGACAACAGCAGGAAGCAGCUGGUGCGCAGCAUGAACAACAAGCGCCGCUUCUCCUUCAGGGUCCCCGAGGAGGAGCGGCUGCAGCAGCGGAGGGAGAUGUUGCGAGACCCAGAGAUGAGGAGCAAGCUGAUCUCCAACCCAACCAACUUCAACCACGUGGCUCACAUGGGACCAGGAGACGGGAUCCAGAUCCUCAAAGACCUGCCCAUGAACGUGCGUGUUCAGGAGAACCGGGCGGGGUUCAGCGGCUCCGUCAGCAUCCCCUCCAUCACCAAGAACCGGGCGGAGCCGGGGCGCUCCAUGAGCGCCAGCAGUGGGCUGGGCAUCCGCUCGUCCUCUCAGAACGGCAGUGCCCUGCGUCGGGAGCUCUCUGGCGGGAGCUACAGCUCCAAGCGCCACACCAUGACGUCCCCGUCCGAGAGCUCGCUGUCGUCCGGCGGAGGCGGCGAGUGCGGGGACGCCCCGCUCUCCCAGUUCGACCGAGAGUGGCAGGCGGUCUCGCCGUCGGAGAAGACCCCCGAUCUGAAAAGGGCUUUAAGGACCCUGCUUAGUAAGAUGAAGGACUCUGACUCGCCCCGUCACUCCACGGCCUCCAACAGCUCCACCUUCAGCAGUCCCCCCAGUCCCGCCUCGCCCCACAAGACCAAGUCCCUGUCCUUGGAGAGCACGGACCGCAUGGCCUGGGACACAUGAGCCAAGCCCCCUCCACCUCCACCACCACCUCCACCGCCGCCACCACCUCUGGUCCACCCAACCCACUCAACCCAUUGACUGACAGCACAGGACUCCAAUCCCUAUCUGCCAACCAAGCCCUCAGGGCCCGCCCCCUCCUCGCCCUCCAACAGAACUCAUCCAAUCGUAUCUCAUCUAAAGGUUCCUCCUCUUCUGACGUCGUACCCAAAGAACUCAUUGGCCAAUAGUGUGCUGGCCUACAUCGUCUCCCAGUAUGUCUGUAAAUACACGCUCAAAGGGCGGGUCUGGGGUCUUUCUUCUUUGGGUUAGUGGGUGUAUGUGUGGUGUGAGUUUGCGUUUUUAUUAGAAAAGGCAUUUAAAGGAUAUAGAAAGAAAUAACAUCCGCAAUACCCGUUGUGCCGCCGGCUCUUUCGCAAAUAACUUUCCCGAAACAUCGGAAACCUCGAUUUUUCCGGUGACUAUAACGGGCUGCGCCGCUUGGCUGAGUCACUGAGUUGCCAUCGGGAAAUCCGGUUUCCCGCCUAUUUGAAAAUCGCUCAAUGACCCCCUCAAUAGGCGACCGGCAGAGAGCAAAUAUGGAGAAGACAUGAUUCGUAUUGUACAUAGAACUCGCAGUGUUUUGAUCGGACGAAAUUUCCGUUUAUUUAUCGAUCUUAGACUUGGAAAGGCGGGCUCUUUGAGAGCCAGAGUGAAGCGGUGACAUAUAAUUUUUUACCUCGGGGAAAGAAUUGAUAUUGAAAGACAGACGAGCUGCAAUUUUAUUUUAUUUUAUUUUGCUCUUCUAAUUGACACUAGCUAGGUGCAGUGAAUGAAUUUUGACUGCGAUACGGCAGCGUUACUAAGCAACGCAUUACGGAGUGAGUUUUAUUUCUUUUUAGAGACUUACGCCCCACUCUGUCAUCUGGUCCGUAGGGAUUGUCUUUUUUUUGGUUUCAGACGCGUGCGCGGACACUCAGAAUACAUUCGACACUGUGUGAUGACAUUGUCACGGCUCUCUUAUGCUAACCUCUUCCUCACCGGGGGCCAGUGAGAGUGACCUCAUCAGUAGAGCUCGGGACCACCUCCCAUGUAGAUGUAGCCCCCCCGACCGCCAUCCGGACCACCAGUUGAACACCACACCAAUUUACUCGGCAACAACAAAAUGGAUUCCCACCACAAUAAUGUAUAUAGAAUCAAAGUAGAGAGUAAUAUAUGAUAUGGAAAAUACUAUAGCGAAAUACAUGGGAGAGAGAGAGAGAGAAAAAAUCCUUACUCUUUUGUUCAUCUUUUUAAACUUUUGUUGUAUCCUUUGGUCGAGUGAUUAUUUUUGCUGGGUUGUAUUCACACGGAAGCCAUUUUUAAACCACUUUCCAAUGUGUUUUUGUUUCUUUCUUUUUUUUAUUGUAUGUAUUACACAUUGCGUGUUCGAUUUUUCUUCACUUGGUUUGCGUUUUGGGUGAAGAAAGUUGUUAUUAUCGGUGGUCGAGUAAACAGAGGCAUUUAACAAACAUACACACACACACGUGUGUAUGUCUGAAGCUCACUGGGUCAGUGCACGCACACACAGGCACGCACAUACACACAUACAGAAGUGGUGAGGGGGCCGCGUCAUUCUGCUCUACCUUAGUAUUCUCUUCUCCCCCGCAGAGAGAAGGCAGCCGAGUUUUCUUCUGAACUUUCAUUGGUCGAUCGGUGUGUCACGAAUACUGGUUAAUUUCCAACCAACCCUAUGGUAUCCCUGGUUCUAAAGUGGAGAUAUUUGGGGGCGAGAACUCAUUCAAACCAAAAGAAAGAAGAUUUGUAGAUUCUGAUCGCCUUGUGUAUUCCGAAGACUGUUGAACUGAUGCGUUGAGUCUGGACGAAUUGAAACGCAUUAAAGAAACUAAAAGGAGAUUGUAACCAUUGAUUGGCGACGGAGAGGAAAGGUCAUCCUUCUGUGUUUUAUUUUAUGUAUUCCAGAUCUCCUGUCAUUUGUUCUUCAGACUAUUUAACCUGUGGGUUAUCAUGUGUUGGUUAAAUCUGGAGGGAAGCAGCAAGGCACUAUUUAUAGGCAACACAAAACAAUUGAAAAGGAUCUCUAUUGAAAUGUACAGGCGAAAGCUGUGAGGGGGAGGCUGCAGACCGCAGGUUACAGGGAAGUUACUGGCCCUCGUGUUUUUUUAACCUAGCCAACCAAUCGCUUGUUCCCAUCGGGGCUAAAGCCAAACACUAGCCUUUAGCACCGAGUGCUGCUAUCCGGCCGUUAUAACACAUUGUAAAGUAGGCCUACUAUUCAAAGACGUAGACAAAACACGCCGUCAUCCACGUACGAUGCUAUAUAUGUUAGGCUCUAGAGGCAGACGCUCAUAGCAAUACCAAUUUGUAACAUGAUGUGAUAAAGUUAUGUCUUGUAACUGUUGAUGCCACUGAUUUCCCUGUAAGCUGAGGAUCUGCUUUGUCUGCAAGUACUCAACACCUGUUCAACCUCGUUUCUGGUCGAGGGUGUCUAUCUCUUCCUCUGAGGUUGAUUCCGGGCAUAGUCAAUUUGGAUCAUUAUCAUGGUUGAGCUCUACUACUGAAACCUCAGGGCUCCCUUUAUGAAAUUUGGGUGGCUACUAGUGUUUCCAAUCCUAAGAAAGUAGCUUAACCAUAUAUCGCUAAAAGCUAAACACACCAAUACGUUUCUGCCCCUUUCCAAAAUCGUCACUUUUAAUUCCAAUAGAAAAUAAUUCCUUGCUUGAAAUUCAGCGUUUAUAAGAAUCAUUUCUUUUUUUUUCUUUAGAUACGAGAGUGCAAUGUGAAUUCCGACACUCCAGAUUGUGACAAAACCUGGUUUUAAUUCCAAGAGAUCAGCACCUCCUAUAGGGCAUUUGUUUUAAUUUCACCUUAACCUCACUAUCAAAACUACCUUCUGGACUUUGUCUGUGUGGAAAGGAUUCGAGGUCCAUGGAUACUACAUACUGUAUAGACCCCCCCCCCCCCCACUCAACCUGCUACAACGAAAAUGUUUGAGGGAAAAAAUUUAAUGAACUCAGGAAAUGUUGGAACCAAUUAAUAUUUUCACAAAACGAUGGAGAUGAGUGUGCUAGAAUUUGGGAUUGAUGAAUGAGUGAAUGAAGGUGUGAACCGGUGAAUUGAUGAGAAGAGAGAGAGAGAAUUCUAGCUAUAGUGUAGGAGGGUACCAGGUUUUGGGUGAAAGGAUCAAGGUGGUCUAAAGGGUUUUUAUGAAAUUUUAUUAAGAUAUAGUAGGGACGGAGCCCGUUGGUUUGACACUAGUUGUUGGCUGCGUUGCCACAGUGGUAGCCCCGAAGAAGUGGAGAAUAAAAUUUGCCUUUUGCAUUUCAGUGAGGUCUUAUCUACACUACUUUCUAUAUUGUUUUCCUUUCUUUCAUAUCAUAUUACACUUUUUGUUUUUGUUUUUCUAGGAUUGCUUUGUAAUAAUUUGUACAGUUUUGCAUGUUAUAGAUGUAAUCUUUUUUUUUUUUUCUUGGACUUGGCUUUUUUGUUUUUCAACGGUUUGGGCGUUUUGUGUCGUUUUAUUUUUUGCUGAGGAUAACCCACUACAGGUGUUGUAGAUUCUUUUUUGCACAAAAAAACAUAUUUAAGGUGUAAGGUCAAUUCAAAAACAAAAAAAGAGAUAAUGUAUGAAAGUGGCAGCCACGCGUAUGUGGAGAACUCAUGUUAAUCUGUCUCCGAUGUAUUUCAAUAAAACGGAGCGCUGUUACAAACACAA